GCUGUAACACUGAGCCCAGCCUCCUCCUCCACCCCCUACCACCACGCUCAGCCCCCUCCCUCCCUCCCCGCCACCACUGUCCGCGAUCGCCCGGCAGCAGGAAAGGAAGAAAGGAGCGCAGGAGGCUGAGGCAUGGAUCCACAGCCCCCUCCACCUGCCCAGGGCAGCCCACCUCACCGUGGCCGGGGCCGAGGUCGUGGCCGUGGCCGUGGUCGAGGCCGUGGCCGUGGCAGAGGGGGUACCGGAGCCCCUAGGGCCCCUCUGCCCUGCCCCACCUGUGGUCGCCUCUUCCGCUUCCCUUACUACUUGUCUCGACACCGGUUGAGCCACUCGGGCCUGCGGCCCCACGCCUGUCCCCUGUGCCCCAAAGCUUUCCGCAGACCUGCCCACCUGUCCCGCCACCUCCGUGGCCACGGGCCCCAGCCCCCGCUGCGCUGCGCUGCCUGUCCACGCACCUUCCCGGAGCCGGCCCAGCUCAGGCGCCACCUGGCCCAGGAGCACGCUGGUGGCGAGGUGGAUCUGUCCACGGAGAGGGCCGUGAAGGAGGAGCCCGGGUCCAGUUGGGGUCCACAGGACGAGGGUGUGGAGCAGCCCACCACGGCAGUGGCUGGGGUUGCGGAGGAGGCGGCGGCGGCGGCAGCGUGGCCCGAGACGUGGCCCGCUGGGGACCCGGCCCCGGUGGCUGCCCCCACGAGUACCGAUCCUCGGGAAUCGGAGGCCGAGGAGGCCGAGGCCGGGGCAGCGGAGCUAAGGGCAGAGUUGGCACUGGCCGCGGGGCGACAGGAAGAGAAACAGGUCCUCCUCCAGGCCGACUGGACGCUGCUGUGCCUCCGCUGCCGCGAAGCCUUCGCCACGAAGGGGGAGCUCAAGGCGCACCCGUGUCUGCGCCCCGAGGGCGAACAGGAGGGCGAAGGGGGACCCCCACCCCGCCCCAAGCGACACCAGUGUUCUAUUUGCCUCAAGGCUUUCGCCAGGCCCUGGUCCCUGUCGCGUCACCGGCUAGUCCACUCCACCGAUCGGCCUUUUGUGUGUCCAGACUGCGGCCUGGCCUUCCGCCUGGCCUCCUACCUCCGCCAGCAUCGCCGCGUCCACGGUCCUCUCAGCCUGCUGGCCCCACUGCCCGGGGCCGCUAAGAAGGACGACAAGUCCUCAGGUGGACGGAACUCCGGGAAAGGGCCUGAGGGGGGCGAAGGGGCAGAAUUUGGGGGUGCAUCGGAAGGGGGUGAAGGCGGGCAGAAUGGAGGAGAUGCCACCCCAGCCCGGCCACCCGCGGGGGAGCCACGCUUCUGGUGUCCCGAGUGUGGCAAAGGUUUUCGACGCCGGGCACACCUGCGUCAACACGGGGUCACCCACUCCGGGGCACGACCUUUCCAGUGCGUGCGCUGCCAGCGGGAGUUCAAGCGACUGGCAGACCUGGCCCGUCACGCACAAGUCCACGCUGGGGGUCCCGCCCCGCAUCCGUGCCCUCGAUGCCCACGCCGCUUCUCCCGCGCCUACAGCCUCCUGCGUCACCAGCGCUGCCACCGCGCGGAGCUGGAACGGGCCGAGCUGGAGAGGGCCACCGCCUUGCAGGCGCUGCAAUCCCAGGCCGCCCAGUCACCCCAAACUGCGCUUAAGCAGGAGACGGAAGGUCUCCCCCUGUCCAUCGCACGCAUCAAGGAGGAGCCGCCCUCACCCGGCUCCCCGCCUCAGUCCCCGCGGCCUCCCCCUGUGUUUCUCAGCGCCUCCUGUUUUGACAGCCAAGACCAUUCAGCCUUUGAGAUGGAAGACGAGGAGGUGGACACCAAGGCCCACCUACGUGGGUUGGGGGGCUUGGCCUCCUGACCCUCACAUGUACCCUCCGCCCCUCCACGUGAGCUCCCGGUUUGCAGUAAAGAAGACGGAAGCUGGAAGAGAUAAUCUCCUCUGUCUACCCCCGAGCCCUGGGUCACCCACCUUCCCUUUUACCUACCCCUAGACCCCUGAUGCUGGUUAGGAAACACUCACCCCAACACGUGUCUUAAGUAAAGGCAGGACAAGGCGGAGGGCACUUGGCCAGUAGGAUAGAGACUGGUGGGUUGGCCCCGGCCUGCCCGUCCCCCAUUACAAACACUGGACACCAUCACCUCUUUGGAACUGCCAGACCCCCUGGUGCUACCCAGUGAGAAAGGUCUGUCCCCCGUUCCUCUGUCUCUGUGAAUAAAUGUGAGUUCGUGCAA